AUGGCUGUCGCAACCCAGAAAAUGCCUGCUUUGCCCCUGGAUGUGGGGUUAAAGCCAACAGAGAGUGGACCAAAUGGGGAGCAGGACUCUCAAGUGGUCACUAUUACCGACUUGCUUCUCAGUAAAGUCCGUGAGACACCGGAUGCUGUCUUCAUACAAUACCCAGCCACCGCAAAAGGAAAAAGUGACUACGUUGGGUAUACUGUUACUGAUGUAGACCGACUGGCAGAUGAGGCUGCUCGCCAGUAUGCCGCUCAAGGUCUCCGGCCUGAGCUUGUCGUUGGCAAUGGCUUCAAGACGGCAGCCGAGCAAAUCAAAGAGCAGUAUCCAUUGUCAUCGUACAAUAUCAUUGAGAAGUCGGAGUACGACCUCAAGAGCCCCUCAGGGCCUCGAUUUCCCUAUACGCGACCAACAAAUGCGUCCCAGCAAAUCUCUUUUAUUGUUCAUUCUUCGGGUUCAACGGGACUCCCCAAGCCGAUCUAUCAGACACACUCUGCUUGCCUUGCGAAUUACUCCAGUGGAAUCCCGUACCGGGCGUUUCUGAUGCUGCCACUAUUCCACAAUCAUGGAAUCUCUGUCACAUUUCGGGGCUUGAUUGCUGGGAAAAAGAUAUCAAUGUACAAUGCCAAUUUGCCUUUGGCUGGAAGUACACUGAUCGAGUCUUUGAAAGCAACCCAGCCUCAGAGUCUACAUUGCGUCCCAUACGCAUUGAAGCUGAUGGCGGAAACUGCUGGUGGGAUCGAGGAGCUGAAGAAAUUGAGCCUCGUGAUGUACGGAGGAAGCAGCUGUCCCGAUGACUUGGGCGAUCGGUUAACUGAGGCCGGAGUCUAUGUGGUGGGACAGUACGGAACCACGGAAACAGGCCAGCUCAUGACGUCUUUCCGAGAUCCAGAUGACAAGGGAUGGAAUUACAUGCGCCCGUUCCCUGUGACGAAGAAAUUCAUCAAGAUGGUCCCAAUUGGCGCAGAUACAUUCGAGUGUGUGGUCCUUGAUGGUUUGCCAUCCAAGACCACGUCAAAUUCUGACGAUCCACCCAACUCUUACCACACUAGAGACACUUUCACCCCACACCCGACGAUUCCAGACGCGUGGAGGUAUCUCGGCCGGCUCGAUGAUAGAGUAACUCUCGUCAACGGAGAGAAAGUGCUUCCAAUUCCUUAUGAGCAUACCAUCAGACAGCAUGACCUGGUGCAGGAAGCCGUUGUAUUCGGCGUAGAAAAGGCUGUCCCUGGACUGAUGGUGAUUCCAAGCGAUAAGGCGGCCUCAUUGAGCAAGGAGGAGAUUCUGCAAGCACUUCUGCCCAAAAUUGAGCUUGCGAACUCGCGAGCUGAGGAGUUUGGUCGCAUCUCCCAGGAGAUGAUUGAGAUUCUGGACGCCGGCACAGAAUACCCACGCACCGACAAGGGCACUGUCAUCCGGGCGGCGUUCUACAAGCAAUUUGCGAAGCAGAUUGAUGACACCUAUGAUCGCUUUGCCGCGCCUCAAGCCAGUCUUCUAGCUCUGGAGCAUGAUGAACUGGUAAAAUACCUUCUCAAUAUCUUCCGUGUCAACCUAGGCAUCGCAAACUUGGAGCCCACGACAGAUUUCUUCGAAGGUGGAAUUGAUAGUCGCCAAGCAAUCACGGCUCGAGCUCAAAUCACCAGAGAGCUUGAUGUUGGAGGCAACACUGUCGGAUCCAACGUCAUUUUCGAGUAUCCUAAUGUCGAACUUCUUGCCAAGCACUUGAACUCGCUCAGAACAGGAGUGGCGGAAGAAGCGGAUGAUGAAAUAUCCGCAAUGGCUCAAUUGAUUGAGAAAUACUCUAACUUCCAUGCCCGAGAGCCUGGGACAUUUCAGCCAGAUGGUGAGGCUGUGCUAUUGACUGGUGCCACCGGUUCUCUGGGAGUGAACAUUUUAGCUCAGCUUCUCAGAAAACGCACGGUUAAGAAGGUCUUCUGUCUUGUGAGAGCAUCGACAAAAGACGCAGCCAAAGCCAGAGUUAUCUCAACCCUUGAGGGAAAGGGCAUCUCUUCCUUGACGGUUGAGGAUAUGUCCAGAGUGUCUUUCCUCCCUGCUGACCUAUCCAGGCCAGAUCUCGGACUGGAAGAGGGCAAUCUGGACGGAAUUCUCCGAAGCCUCACGCUGGUCAUUCAUUCUGCUUGGGCUGUCAACUUCAACCUCGGCGUCCGCAGCUUCGAGUCUCAACACAUCAGAGGCGCACACAACCUGAUAAAUAUUUGCCUUCGAACGAAGACUGUUGACCCAGCUCGGUUCUAUUUCUGCUCAUCUAUUUCUUCUGCAGCUGCAACACCGCUGCCUGCUACCAUUGGGGAAUGUCAUAUUGAGAACCUCUCGCACGCACAGGCCAUGGGCUAUGCACGCUCAAAGUUGGUCACAGAACACAUAAUAAAGGCUGCUGGCGACAGAACAGGUAUGACAGCUUCAGUCCUGCGCGUCGGGCAGAUCGUGGGAGAUACGACCCACGGCUCGUGGAACACCACCGAGGCAAUCCCUUUGAUGAUUCAAAGCGCGAAGACCAUAGGUGCAUUGCCUGCACUCGAAGAGACACCAUCUUGGAUGCCGGUCGACCUCGUGGCCCAGGCUGUAAUUGAACUUUCUGGAGUUGAUAGUGCAGAUGGUGGUCAUUUCCCUAAAUCAGAAGUAUACAAUGUUCAGAACAACAGGCUGUUCCAUUGGACAAGGGAUCUUCUUCCUGCACUCAAAGAGGCUGGGCUUGAUUUUAAGAUAGUCUCCCAGCGCAAAUGGGUUGAUCUGCUGCGCAAGUCUGAUCAAAACCCCGAGACGAAUCCCACUAUCAAGUUGGUGGAUUUCUUUGCUCAGAAGUAUGAUAACGACAAGCCUGGUAGAAGUGGGCUCAAAUUUGCUACUCAGAAAGCCGAGGCAGAGAGUGAGGCAAUGAGGAAUGGUUUCGAUGUAGUCGGCAGCGGCUUGGUCAGGACGAUGGUUGCAUGGAUGGAGAGCCAAUGGUAG